UAACAUAACCCCCUUCUUCUCUCUGAUCACUGUCAGUAAAUCUCACUUUCCAACAACUGAUCAUAACUGCCAUCUUUUCCUCUGUCAGUCCUUUUCAACAGUCCCCCAAAAUGGAAAGCCUGAGCAAGCCUCCCACCAAGUCCAAAAGAAAAGGCUCUCAGCCGUCGCCGGCAGCGGCUGAGUCCACCAACCGCUUCCUCGGCGUGAGGAGGCGGCCGUGGGGGCGGUACGCGGCCGAGAUACGCGACCCGACCACAAAGGAGCGGCAUUGGCUGGGCACAUUCGACACGGCCGAGGAGGCCGCGUUGGCCUACGACCGGGCCGCCCGGUCCAUGCGCGGGUCGCGGGCCCGGACCAACUUCGUCUACUCGGACAUGCCCCCGGGCUCCUCGGUCACCUCAAUCAUCUCCCCCGACGAGCAGCACCGCUCCGACUUCUCCAUGAUCUUCGCCGGCGGCGGCGGAGGGAACAGCUCGGAGAUAUAUUUCGGGGCGGGGGAGGGGCAGUAUUCGGGGUUUCAGCUGACGGGGGCGAAUGUGUACCAGGCGGGGAGCAGCCACGUGGCGGAGGAGGCUGAGCUGCCGCCGCUGCCGCCGGAUAUCACGAGCGGCUGCUACUCGGGGGAGCCGCCGGUGCUGUCGGAAAUGGGGCAUGGGGUGUUGAAUGAGAUGAGGUGUCUGGAGCUGUCGGAGCAGCGGCGGAGCAUGGACGCGGCGGUGGGGUACGGGUACGACGGAGGGUAUUACGGGGUGGAGGAGUCGAUGGAGGCGGCGAGGAGUAGCUUCUCCGGCGGGUUUGGGUGGUUCUGAGUGGUCGGGGAAUUUGUGUUGGUUUGUUGGAUUUAUUAGAAUCCAUGUGUGUGUUUAAUUUUGGAUUGUUUUUUUUUUCUUUUUUCUUUUCUCUCUUCUGUUCACAUUGUAAUAACCAUCAGCUUAUAUAAUGGAGUAUAAUGCAUUGAAUGGUUUUU